AUGGCUUCUCGCCCCAAUGCCCGUAAUCCGUAUUCCUCUGAGCCACCCGGUGACACUGCCAUGGUAGUGGCCCAGGCCGUCACCGAGCGCAUGGCUGAUUCCACCAAGGAGACUGCUACUGAGCCCACAGGUGACAGCAUUGACAGCCCUACUUCCAAUAACACGACCAAUAUUACUGCCAACAACCACAUCGGUGACACGACGAUCAACAACACCAAUGACGACACAGUCACCGUCAUAAACAUCGGUGCAAACCCCAUCACCAUCAAAAGCACGGUACACAUUACCGUCAACAACACCGGCAACGGGGUGACCCCCAUUGGUGAGACGAUCACACCUGUCUGUUCCCAAGCCUCCGCCUUCGCCAGCGGAGAGGCGACCCAGCCCUCGGUCUCCAACACUGGACAAGCGAGCCAGCCCUCCAAUUCAAGCAAUGGAGAGGCGACCCAGUGCACUGUCCCCAACACUGGAGAAGCGAGCAAGCUCCCUGAUUCAAGCAAUGCAGAGGUGAGCAAGCCCUCCGCCUCAAACACUAGACAGGCGAGCAAGUUCUCCGAUUCAAGCAAUGAAGAGGCGACCAGACACCCCACCUCAAGCAAUUGGGGAAUCAACUCCGAAACGAAUUACCACCAGUGCGACGAGAUUGUGUCCCGUACAGUUAACCUGCACUCACCGUACGUGCCAGAGACUCCAGACCCCGCCCUCACACAGGUCUGGAUCGAUCAUAUUGAUCAUAUGCUGGGAGUGCGAACUGAUCAUCAGACGCAGGAUAUGCAACGUUGCUUUGAGCAGACAGAUAGGGUUGUGAAUCUGUCCAACAGCAUCUAUGCGCAGGCGACCGAGAUGUUGGAAGAGCUGCGAGGGAUCAACCGUGGCGAGUACAUUCAUGAUGAUUCGGGUGAUGAUUCCUCCAGCACUUCUGGCGAGCGUAGGGACUUCACUGAGAAAUGUGACGCUAAGAAGCAGAUCUAA